AUGCUGCAGAUGCUUCGCUUCGCAGUGCUCUUGGUGGUAUGCAGCGAUGCGACAGACACGGGCUACGCGUCAUACAAGCGAGACAAAGAAAACCGGACUUCCAGCCGCGCUCAUGCUCAUGGUGCAGGUUUCGUUGUCGCUGCUGAAUCCAAGGUGACACUGGCAAGUCAGGCUUUGAGAGGUCACACCCAAAAGAAGUCUGGCAAGGACAACAGCUCAAGUGAGGAGCAUCCCAUCAAGCUGCCAAGUAUUCAUUUCAUUGCGGAUUACGUCGAUAUGGCAGCCAAGCAAAUCAACACGGAGCUUGCUUACAUCCCUGCCCGAUCGUACCUCCACAUCGUCACCAACUCAUCGCCCAUACAUAUCCAAAUGGCCGGCCUUGCUGCCUGGGCGUACGACCUGGAAUAUCUCAAGAUGAUGUAUCCGAAUGGCUGGGCAGGUGGAUGGAAGCUUGUGGCAGAAUAUGUGAACACUACUCACUCACUGAUGGUUGAUGGUCACGACGUAGUCGCCCUAAUGGCCAAGGGCAAAAGCUGUGUCAUUACUUUUUCGGGGACUCAUGGCUUGGCAGAUUGGUCCACAAAUCUUAACGUUGGUACGUCGAGCCUACCACAGUGUGGGGUUCACGGAGUGCAUGAAGGAUUCUUUGAGGCCUUCUUGCAAUUCAUGCUCAAUGAUGCAUGGACCACGGCGUUUGAACCCUACCUGGCAGAAAACUGUUCAGAAGGAAUUCAUAUUACAGGUCAUUCCCAAGGUGCAGCCGUGGGGGCCGUCUUUGCCGCCUGCAUCAAUGGAGCAGGCAGCAACCUCACACUACCGGACCUCUGGCGCUUCGGAAAGCUGGUCCACGCUGGGGCCACGGUCAAGACUCGCCUCAACGUGACAGAUUUGCACGGAAUUGGAGGUCCUGGUGUUUCGACCACACAGUUCUGGAACUACAAGCGUCCUGACGGGGUGUUUCCCGGCACGCGUUUCUUCAACCAAGAUGCUGUAUCCUUCGAUCCUGUGCCGUGGCUAAGCUCUUCAUUGGGACUGACCCAUCCCAAGUCAGAAGCGGUCAAGAUGGCUGAAAGACCACAAAGGUUCAGUGCUUUGACGGAGGAAGCCAAGCACGAGCCAAGAACAGUCUCUUUUGUCCCAGACAUCAUGGUUCACCUGCCUCCCGAGUACCUCCGCCGCAUCAUCAUGGCCAGCCGGUCACUUUAUGUGAAGGUGGCUUAUGCCCAGGGCCUGCCAGAGCGUUCAGCGCGUCCUUUCCUAAGCUCAAAGCCGAGUUUCUAUGCCUCUGUCGAGGCCGCUAACAGGAAGUGGUCGCACAUUCCCCGCACUUCCACCAAGAAAAACAUGGUCGAGUCGGCUUGGGCCGAGAACUUAGACCUGAAAGAGUACGAGCUAGGGGACGAUCUUGAGAUCAAGCUCUGGGAUGCGGUGUGGCCCUGGGGAGUUGACAGAGAUCUUGGUACAGCGAAAUUGCGUAGCCAAACCUUUGAGCCUCACGGUUUCGAGGGCUGGGUGCCUACGGAAUCUGGAAUUCGUUUGAAACUCAGUGUUGUGAUAUCUUAUGAUGUCCUAUAG